AUGCGCUUCUCGUUCGCCUCCGCCUUUGCUUUCAGCACCCUUUUCCUCGGUGCCCUGUCGGCCCCCACCGGCACUGAUGCCCUUGGCGCCUUCUCCGGCCUGACCCAGGGCCAGACCAGCCAGCUCACCAAGACCUACACCGAGAAGACGACCACCGUCACCAAGAACGAGACCGUCUACAGCGUCGUCCAGACCCUGUACACCAACGUCCAGCAGCACACCAGCUCCAUCAACAAGACCGUCGCUGCCGUUCCCCAGCAGCCCACCGAGCAGGACAAGAAGUCCGCCCUGAUCGAGAUCAAGGCCGAGAUCAAGUCCAUCGCCUCCCUCAUCGUUGAUGCCUCCGUCAAGGUUGGCAAGAUCGAGAUCGACGCCAACGUCGACAUCUCCGCCAUCGUCGCCCUGGUCGUCAAGCUUGUCUUCGAGAUCGUCUGCACCCUCCAGGGCGUUGUCGCUGUCCUCGGUGGCACCAUCCUCACCCUGCUCGGCUCCGUCGUCCACCUCCUCGUCAACGCCAUCGUCGCCCUCCUCCUCGCCCUCCAGGACAUCCUCGGUGACGUCAUCGCCACCGUCUGGACCCUCGUCUCCACCCUCCUCCCCUUCGUCGGUGACGUCCUCAUCGGCCUCGGUGACGUCCUCAAGGGCGACUGCAACUGCAUCAACUAA